GGUUUCGUGUUCGUGUGUCUGGCCACUAGUGCUCGAUAGUAAUCGCCGGAGAGACAUCGGGACUGCCACGUGCCGACAAUUUAUCGACCCGUGAUAUAUACGAAAAUUUGACCAGGAAGUGUGCUGUUAUGUGUGUAGUCCUCGUCGCGCCGCAGACGCUAGCCCGUCUCCGUCUAUUCCGUGUGGCUGGUACGCAUCAUAGUGGAUUAAAAAUAACUAGACACGUGUGUGAAACUGGUCGAGCGUGCGCGGCGGCCAGAAAUAAAUCAGCGGCCCGUCGAUUAACUUUUUCGAGGCGAAACUUUGCCGCUGGCCAAUAUGCAUCGUUGCUAACCUCCGAGAUGCUUUUUCUCUUCUCUUCCGCGAGCCUAUAAACGACGACGGAUAUACCGUUGUUUUCCUGUUAACAGAGGACGCCGCGGUUAUUUUAACGUCAGGCUAGCGGGCUCGUUUCCCUGGAAACGCUUUUUUGGAAACUGUGCGUGUACGCGCGGACUGUGACUGGUUUAUUAAGCCGUUCUAAAGAAACGAUUUUUGGUGGCUUUCCGAAGUGUGGCGCGAGUGAGAUCAGAUCGAGGUUAUUUCCUGGUGACUUUUCCAUCGGUUGCAGCAUCUCUCGAGCUAUCCUUCGAAAUUAAGCUGUUGGCCCUCCAAUUUUCUGGAGGCCAGUGGUGUCAGUGACACCAGAGAAUAAUACGAGCUGCUAGCGUGAAGGAGUACAGUAGAGUUGGCUUAGGCCAACGUCGGUGUACAAAGCAAAAUGGCAACAAUAGAUGGCCGACCAACCCAAUAUGGUAUCACUCUUAAGCAACUUCGUGAGCUCAUGGAGCUCCGGGGACGUGAAGGUGUCAAUAAAAUCAGUAGUUAUGGUGGUGUGCAGGAGAUUUGUAAAAAAUUAUACACUUCACCCAGUGAAGGUCUCAGUGGAUCAGCAGCUGAUAUCCAACAUAGACGAGAUACAUUUGGUUCCAAUCAAAUACCUCCAAAACCACCAAAAACGUUUCUACAACUAGUGUGGGAAGCUCUUCAAGAUGUUACAUUAAUCAUCUUGGAAGUAGCUGCAUUGGUUUCAUUAGGUCUUAGCUUUUAUCAGCCAGCAGAUGAUGAGGAGAGACCUUUGAUAGAUGAAGAUGAAUCAAAGUACGGUUGGAUAGAAGGAGCUGCUAUAUUUGUUUCUGUGAUCUUGGUGGUAAUAGUAACAGCUUCCAAUGAUUACUCUAAGGAAAAACAGUUUAGGGGUCUUCAAAGUCGGAUAGAAGGGGAGCAUAGAUUCUCUGUCAUUCGGCAAGGAGAGGUCAAACAGAUCUCUGUGACUGACAUUGUUGUUGGUGAUAUAUGUCAGAUAAAAUAUGGAGACCUGCUGCCAGCAGAUGGUAUCCUUAUACAAAGCAACGAUCUCAAAGUGGAUGAGUCCAGUUUAACCGGAGAGUCAGACCAUGUUAAAAAAGGAGAAUCAUUCGAUCCCAUGGUACUCUCAGGUACACAUGUGAUGGAGGGUUCUGGGAAAAUGUUAGUUACUGCUGUGGGCGUUAACUCGCAGGCUGGUAUUAUCUUUACUUUGUUGGGUGCUGCUGUUGAUCAACAAGAACAAGAAAUCAAGAAGAUGAAGAAAGAGGCUAAGAAGCAGCGGAAGAAGAAGUCAUUAACAGGAGAUGAAGCUGGAGAAAUAACUGGAAACAGCCAUGUGAGUGGAGGCAAGCACGAGGCCGGGGAGAACCAUCACGCAGCCAGCCAUGCGAGCGGAGCAGAAGGGAAGAAAGAGAAGAGUGUUUUACAAGCCAAGCUAACUAAACUCGCCAUACAAAUCGGUUAUGCCGGCUCGACCAUAGCAGUGCUUACUGUUAUCAUUCUAGUCAUUCAGUUCUGCGUUACCACGUUUGUGAUAGAGGGGAAACCAUGGAAAAAUAUGUACGCUGGUGAUCUGGUGCGGCAUUUGAUCAUUGGUGUAACGGUACUCGUAGUCGCCGUUCCCGAAGGUCUUCCUCUAGCUGUCACCCUCUCCCUCGCUUAUUCGGUUAAGAAAAUGAUGAAAGACAACAACUUGGUACGCCAUUUGGAUGCUUGCGAAACUAUGGGUAACGCCACGGCAAUCUGUUCGGACAAGACUGGUACCCUGACAACCAACCGGAUGACCGUCGUUCAGUCGUACAUAUGCGAGAAAAUGAGCAAAAAGGUCCCGGAGUUCUCGGAGAUCCCGUCGCACAUCGGAAACUUAAUAGUUCAAGCUAUCGCUGUUAAUUCGGCGUACACAUCCAGAAUAAUGCCCCCGCAGGAACCUACAGAAUUGCCGCUUCAAGUCGGUAAUAAAACCGAAUGUGCCUUACUUGGAUUCGUAGUAGCCCUGGGCAUGAACUAUCAGACGGUACGAGACGAUCAACCUGAAGAAACCUUCACACGGGUGUACACGUUCAAUAGCGUUAGGAAGAGCAUGUCUACUGUCAUCCCGAGGAAAGGUGGUGGAUACAGACUCUUCACCAAGGGCGCUUCCGAGAUCAUUAUGAAGAAAUGUGCCUUUAUAUAUGGUCGUGAAGGUCAUUUGGAGAAAUUUACCAGAGAGAUGCAGGAGCGUCUGGUAAAGAACGUGAUCGAGCCGAUGGCGUGCGACGGUCUCCGUACGAUCUGCGUCGCAUAUCGCGACUUCGUUCCCGGCAAGGCAGAGAUCAAUCAGGUUCACAUCGACAACGAUCCGAAUUGGGAAGACGAAGAGAACAUCGUAAACAAUCUCACGUGUUUGUGCAUCGUCGGUAUUGAGGACCCGGUACGUCCGGAGGUGCCGGACGCGAUCAGGAAGUGUCAGAAGGCGGGCAUCACUGUGCGAAUGGUGACUGGAGACAAUAUAAAUACUGCGCGUUCCAUUGCCCUAAAAUGUGGGAUUUUUAAGCCGAACGAAGACUUCCUGAUCUUAGAAGGCAAAGAGUUCAACAGGAGGAUCCGUGAUGCUAACGGCGAGGUACAGCAACAUUUGCUGGACAAAGUGUGGCCGAGGUUAAGGGUGUUGGCUAGGUCGUCGCCUACAGACAAAUACACGCUCGUGAAAGGCAUAAUCGAUAGCAAAGCGAGCGUGAGUCGCGAGGUUGUUGCUGUAACCGGUGAUGGAACGAAUGACGGUCCUGCUUUGAAAAAGGCGGAUGUCGGCUUUGCCAUGGGCAUCGCCGGCACCGACGUCGCUAAAGAAGCUUCUGAUAUCAUUCUAACGGACGAUAAUUUCUCGUCGAUCGUGAAGGCAGUUAUGUGGGGUAGAAACGUCUACGAUAGUAUAGCGAAGUUCUUGCAGUUUCAAUUGACCGUCAAUAUCGUCGCUGUUAUAGUUGCUUUUAUCGGAGCAUGUGCCGUGCAAGAUUCUCCCCUUAAAGCGGUGCAGAUGUUGUGGGUGAACUUAAUCAUGGACACAUUAGCAUCUCUUGCAUUGGCCACCGAAAUGCCAACGUCUGACCUUCUUCUUCGUAAACCGUACGGUCGCACGAAGCCGCUCAUCUCCAGGACAAUGAUGAAGAACAUUCUCGGCCAAGCUGUCUAUCAAUUGUCUGUAAUUUUUAUGCUUCUUUUCGUUGGUGAUAAGAUGCUUGACAUCGAAACAGGCCGAGGAGUUGCGCAGGCUGGUGGCGGUCCAACGCAGCACUUCACCAUCAUCUUCAACACAUUCGUCAUGAUGACUCUUUUCAACGAAUUUAACGCUAGGAAAAUCCAUGGUCAGCGUAAUGUCUUCCAAGGAAUAUUCACCAACCCCAUCUUUUACUCUAUCUGGAUCAUGACAUGUCUAGCGCAGGUAAUUAUCAUACAAUACGGUAAAAUGGCGUUCAGCACGAAAGCUCUCACAUUAGAACAAUGGAUGUGGUGCCUGUUCUUCGGAGUCGGUACUCUAUUGUGGGGCCAAGUAAUUACGACUAUUCCUACGCGCAAGAUUCCUAAAAUCCUUUCAUGGGGCCGCGGCCAGCCGGAUGAUAUCGGUGCGAUCAAUCUCGGAGAUGAGAAAUUCGACCCUGACUCGGAUAAAAAGCCGCGCGCAGGACAAAUUCUAUGGAUCCGUGGUCUAACACGACUACAGACACAGCUACGAGUAAUAAGAGCGUUCAAGUCGACUCUGGAAGAUUUGGAGGAGCGUCGCUCUGUCCAUAGUUUACACAGCUUACACAGUAUGCGCAGCUCACGCAGCCACACCGGGCCGCGACCACUAUCUGACUUCACAUACAUUGACGAAGACCCGACAAACACCGCGCUGAACGCCAGCAAGGGCAAUUUGCCGAACAAAACCGCCGACCAGGAUCACACAGCCGCCAGGAUGAACAGCUCUACGUCGCCGUUGCUGCUCAGCGUCACGGGAUCGGGGAACGCAUACAACCACCAUCAUAAUACCACCAUAAACACCACCAAUGACAAUAGAUCCUCGUCCAAUAGCGCCCUAAACCAGGCCCAACAACCCAACCAUACGCAGAUGCAGAGUAACAACAACAGCAACAGAGACAGCAACACAGGAAACUCCCUGCUUCUCAGCUCCAAUAAUCUGGCCCUCCCGGAAUUGACGAAGCUCGUGCAUGAAACCAGCAUUUAAAAGGCAGCUUUGCGUGUCACCACUGUACAUUCACAAAUUCUACCCUUUUCUCUCGUCAUUGUUAUUACUCUCACUUCACCCUCUUGUUUCUUUCCUCUAUAACAUAGUCAUGAAUCGUUUUUUCAUUUAUACUCUUUUUUUAUUUCCAUUUCAACCCUCUCUUUCUCUUACUCUAUGUUUUAACUAGCAGUUAGAACAUUGUCCUCGGUUCUAGACCAUCUGCCAAUUUUGGUUCUUGCCCGAGCCACUGUUUUGUGGCAAGACACGUUCGUGAGUUUUCUUCUCUUGUUCAGCUACUUACUUAUGGUAGUAAUUUAAAAUGAUAAUCAAUAACCGGGUCGUAGAUUUUCAUUCAUGAUUUUUCGAUGGCUGGUAGCUUCAAAGGACUAGCAAAUUAACUUCCAUCUAUCAUUGUUAAACUUCUUUUCUAUAUAUGUCGUCUUUUUUCUUCUUCAUUUUCUACUUCUUACAAGUACAAUUCAUAGAAUCGUCGUGCGGGUUUUGUUGUCUAUUUUAUAGAUAUUUUAUCUAUCUGUUCUCUGUGUCUACGUUGGAAGCCAUAAGGUAUUAACUCCUUGUCAGUUGUAGACUGACUCGUAGUGGAUUUUUCUUAUUCUCUGCAUUUUACUGUCCCUUCUCUUGCAUCGAAAGUACUUUAACUUGUUAUCAAGAUUUUACUUUUUUUUUAAGUUAGGUUUUUCAUAUCUCAUCAUAAUUUUUAUUCUAGCUCUCACAAGUGAUUGCUUUUUAUCCGAGAGACCACUGGAUUCUCCAUAGUACCUUCAUUCCUGCUGUCUUCUCUCCAAGGAAGAGCGUUUUUAUUCCAAGACAUGAUCCAUCCUCUUCUUCUUUCUUUUCUUAGUUAGAACAAAAUGCUCCUUUUACUAAAGAUGUUCGAAACAGUCAGGCGUCGCUUCUUUCGAAUUCUGGGAGAAAGAGAGAGCUGCAAGUACUUAAGGUUCGUUUUGAAAACAGAGGCCUGUUCAGCCUGUCCGUCCUAGCUUCUUCACGAGGCGGCCCAAUUCAUCGGCUCUAGAAAUGUUUGUUCAGCCUCUUUCAUGUUCCUCCUUAGGAAACCGAGCACAGAAAACGAGACAAACAAUUUACGUUCAAUCAGAGUCAUUAUUCUACUUUAACAUCAAUCAAAAUGAAACUUUAGAAAUUAAAUAUUGCUUGAGAUUCCUCCAUUUAAUAGAAAUUAUGAUUACUUCAGAAAUUAAACUAUAUUAAAUAUUUUAAUUAAUUUUCGGAAGAUAUAUUUAUUGCAUAAAUGAAUGUAUAUAUAUAUAUAUAUAUAUAUAAAAGAAAAGAAAUAAUGUAAGAUGGAGGAAUCUGGAACUUACUAUUCAUGCAUUUAAUGUUUCCUGUGUCAACAAGUGUCUUCACUCUUCUCUUGUACACCUUCGCUCAUUUUUUUGUGCAAACUUCGUGUGUUUUAUUUAAAGCAUUUUAAGUUCAAUGUGCAACAGACAAUGCCUGAUAAUAAUCCAUUAAAAUGUUAGACUGGCUGCCUACUGUCUGCGUGCACGUCGGUCCGGCUUAAAUGUUUGCUUGCUUGACUAAUAUGUCUCUUCACACACCAUUCAUUCGUCAUUUACAUUACCCUAUUCGUCUACUUAACAUUCAUGGAACUUGAUUCAAACAUAUCAGAACAGUUUUCAUCCAUUUCUGUUAGUAGAAGCAAUUUCAUUUGAUUUUCAUAAGAAUAUUACUUUAUAUAUAAAAUACUCCGUCAGGGUGAGUUGAAAGAUGCAUUGGUCUCUUUUGGAAUCUUCCCAAAGUCUGUUGUUUUAACAGAAAAUGUACUUAUCUUUUCUCCAGAAGCCUGUAUAUAUAGAGACCAUUAUUAUCUAUCAUAAAAAUGAGCUUCUAUAAUCAGAGAAAAAUUGAUAGCUGUUUUAUUCAUUUCAUUCUGUUUUAAGGAUCAGUUAGGGAGCAUAACAUAUCAUCAAGACCUAACACAUUUGACUUGUUCAUCGUCACUAUCUAGUGUUCAUUUAGGAAUAUCGUACAGGGUGUUUAUAAAGUCUGUGUUCUUUCAUACCAUAUAUUAAUCUUUUGUACAAUUAUCAGGAAUCCUAUUGUCUUGUCUUUGUCUGUUUGAUUCCACUGUGAAAUGUAGUAAAGAAAGCUGCGUCCAGAAUUAUUAAAUCAGUGUCAUCUGUCAAGCUUGAUGGUGCAUGAUGAUAUUGAUAUCCUACUGUGCUCAAAAUAAAUUGGGGAUUAAAGCAACGUGAAAUUCUUAAAAUUAUUUAAUGAAAUAAAGUCUCCGAUGAGAUUUUGAGUGGAGUAUAAUAUAAAAUUAAAUAAAGACAAAUUAUAUAGAUGGAAAAAGCUGUAUUUGCAAGGAUAAUUCAAGAACUUUAAAGACAUUAAAUUGAGUUUUUAAUUGACAAAUAUACUCAUAAUUCUAUUAUUAAGCAAUUUAUAUGAUAUUCUAAUUAAUAAUCCACCAAAAUGAUAAAUAUUCAAAAGUUUCAAGGAUUUCAGCAGUAGAUCAAGACUCCAUAAACACUCUGUACAAACUGCAAUAUUUCACUUUCGCAUCUGAGGGGAAUCUUUCUGUAGCUCGGUUUCUCUAGAACCUGGGUCUCCGUGAGUCACCCAAACAAGUUUUCAAAUACAUGGGACAAUGUCAGAGCGCGGUAAAUCAAGAAAACAGAGCUAGCAGUCAUGAGACAAUCGAUUUAUAGGCCGCCAUAGUUCGCCAAUAGAAUCACGAAGAGCACGAUUCAUUUCUUUUCUCAACUCAAAAGCACAAAGGACCUACCGAGGAGCAAUCAAUGGAACGACGAUGGCGAAAGGAAGUACUUAAUCGUGAGAUCGGAUCUCGUCGCUGUCCUCUUCUCCCUCCUAGCUUCUUCUCUUAUUCAGAAGCACGAUAAAAUCUUGAUUCGUCUAUUUUGGAACAUGGAUAGCUGGACAAUCGAAAAGAUUCAAAGUUGUAAGUUUUUAAUUCAUGACAAGGAAGUAUUUAAAUAUAUAUUUCGUAUUGCGUAUUUAUAAAUUCUAAUUUAUUUUUACUUGUAUGUUAUAAAACAUUGGAAGAUUAUUAUGCUAUAAGACGGAAGAAAGUCAAAAGUUAUGAGGAAGUUCUGAAAGGAGGGAUCAAGGUUUCAUUCAGGAAUUGUGUCAUAAGCUAUUAGUAACAUGAUCGACAGGGAUCAGAAUUCCUUUUGCGCUCGGAUAGCGAACGAGAAACGAGGCAAACUUACUUUUUAAUCCGAUUCAGAUCGACGGAUAGAGUCAUAUAGUCAGUUUAUCUAUUCCAUUUUGUAAUCUCUUAAAACGUUUCGCGCACCAGGUGUGUGUCAAUGUGAAACACAUCGACUUAAAAGCCGAUAUCCACUGCCAGGAUUGCGAGAGAAACGAAAAAUGAAGCAGAAAAACCAAGGGAAAAAAGAAAGACUAUGAUAUUAAUAUUUCGUGAAAGAGCUGUAAAGGCGAGAAAGGAGAAAACAGCUACUCAACGUUAGGUCUUCUCUCCUGGUUGCGAUGAUGAGUCAUAACAUCACCGAUCAAAAGUAACCACGUUACUGGUGGAUAGUUUAGAAAAAUCCUUCUCGUGAAACUACCCAGUUUAAAUUCCAGUUGCGUUGGUGAAAUACCAGAUUAUUCUGUACAUAGUAUUCUGUUGCAACUAAGCUCUGCUGGACUACUGGUUCUAUAAAACGUGUUUCUGGUACUAUUUUAACUACCCAUGCAUAGAGUGGGACGUUGGAAGAAGUUAAAGACUUGAAAAACUCGAAUCUGAAAGCUUGAAUUUUAAUGCAUCGCAGUGUGCCAUCAAUUCAUUGAUGACUAUACAAAAAUUCACACGAAUUGCGAUACAUUAAAAUGUUAAAUAAAAUCUCUUUUAUAAGAAAUAUACAUAUAUAUAUUGUACGGUUAUAUCGAACGUUUUAUUCUAACCGCUGUACAUAAAUCUGCCUCUUUUAUGCUGGUUUUAUUUUCACGUGAUCAUCUGUCUCAUUGAUACAUAGAACAGAAAGAUCUACUUUGUUCAUGGGGCAUAUUCGAGUUCUUCUAGAAAAAAAAGGUUCAACUUCCAAGUGUUCCAAUUGUGGAGUUCAAGUUGUCUCGUUCUUAUCUCUUAUCCAUUUCUAUGUUAGGGUUCUCUGUCGUGAUUCACCUGUUUGAUUCGGGCUAGAAAUCACUGCACAUUAAAUACAUACACAGAUUAAAGAAAAUUUGCGACACAUCGUUGUGAAAAAAGAAAGGAACAGACGAACUUUGGUGUAUUUGCAAAUCAUCAUUGUCAAGGGAUUAUCUGCAUUAGAUAAUGCAGACUACAAAUGUUUUUAUGCAAAUAACGAUGAGAGAAAAUAUGUUGCAAUGGGGAGAAGACGUUCAGUUUUACAUAUUGACGCAUUAAAAUUAGUUUAUUAUACGGGAAUGAUGAAAAUGAUUGACUACCAAUUAUAACGAUACACGUAGAGAAUAUAAUAUAUAUAUAUUAAUUUUUAAUUAAUUAUUAUUAGCGACUAUUAUUAUUAUUAUUGUUAUUAUAUAAAAUAAAGUUUAAGACACGUUAUCUGAAUGUUAUAUUUGAUUGAAACCGGUCAGCAGAGGGUGCAUGAACAUUCUUAGGUAUAUCUUUAGUAUAUUGGAUUUUCUCUUCUUUCUUUCAUGUCGCAAAAAAUUAUUUGUAUUACGGUCGUUUUCACUGUGAUAUUAAACCUCUGCAGUCACAUUCUUUAUACAAAAUGUGUGAGUAUUUUUAAUGCGACAAAUUUGUUCUAUAUCUGAUUAAAUAUGAUAUAAACGAUGUUGGAGUACAUGUACAUAUAUACUGCGUCAUAAAGUUUCAUUCUAUUUGAUAGCGCGUAAAUACUCAGUGUUAUAUAAGUUCUCUUUAAAUUAUUUCUUACCUUGAAGAGAAUUUUCUUUGUGAUCCAGUAUUCAAUAUAGAAAAUAAGUGGGGAGACAAAUGAAGCUGUAAGAUUUCUUUAAGUUCUUGUAUAUGAGUGAUACUUGGGAGUUUCGUUCCAAGAGAAAUUCAAAAAAGAAAAAGUAAGGAUUAUGACAAUGAUAGACUAUUAAGUAAAAUAUAAUGAAAUAAUAGUUAUUAUUAAGAAAAUAACAAGUUCAAAUAGUUAGCGUAAUUGUAAAUAUUGUGAAAUUAAUUUAACUGAACUAUUGCAGAGGAUUAAUUAUUCGAUUUUAUAGUUCAUUAAUCCCUCUACUGAACGGAGAAAAUAAGAGCGCGCGUCAUAGAAGUCCGUUUCUCGAUUCGCGUCCUUAUAAAUGGAAAAAACAAAUCUGCACAAUGACUUGGUGAAUAAAAGUAAAUACUGAUUCUUAAAAGCAACCGAUGCUGGUCCAUGUGCAUUUUUCUAUGAAAAUCUUUCUCCCAUGUGGAUUAUUUUCUAUUCAAUUAUUAUAUAUAUAUAUAUAUAUAUAUAUAUAUAAAUACUUACUCUUCAAGCGAUGCCAUAAUAUUUCUAUUUUUUUACUCACUAUAGCCAAACUUCUAUGUGACUUUUCAUAUUAUUCUCAGCGUAACAGAAAGUAUUAGGAGUCUUAUCAGAAUCAGAAAGAACACUGUGAAAGAGACUUCAAUGAAAGUAUUGUUGACUGCAAUAGAGAAAUUUUUUUAUUUUGUUCACUUCUUAUUGGUAUUGUAACUUACACUGUAUCUGCUUGCACUUUGUAAAACUCUACAACUCAACAUGAGUCCACUUUGUCUUCUAUUGAGCCUUGUUUUUGAUCUUAAUCUUUCAAACCAAAGAAAUAUGAAAGUCUGCAUUCUGAUUAACUUCUUAGGCAUUGCAUUUCCUUAACUAUCUCAUUAUAUGAGAGAUCAAGGAUGAAUGUAGAGAAAUUAAGAGAAUUUGAAAUGAAGAUGAGUGCCUGAAAAGGUUGCGUUUUAUUAAGUAUAAGAUGAGAAAAUUACUUAAGAUUAUCCACUGUAUGCUCAUACUAAAAAAAGCAUUUCUGUGGUUUCUAUGCAUUGCUUGCGUUAAACCGUAUUCUGCUGCACGAGCACACGAUGUUCCUUCACGGUCGAGGAAAUGAAAAGUGCAAAGUACUCAGCUGCUUCUAAUGUCUAUCUUCUCCUCGGAGAUUUUUCUCAACGAUAGAAAAAAAAAAUAAGUUGCGAGCUUGUCAAAGCAGGCUCAUCUAAUGAAAAUAAAUUUCUGCUUUCUCCGUCUGACA